GAAAGUGAAACUAGGCUGAAGCUCAACGACGCUCCGCCGCCUGUUUGUGUCAGUCAGUCGGUGUGUGUGAGUGUGUGUGAGUGAACUGGACAGCAGCAUGGAUGAACCCGAGUGUCUGCCGGUGACCGUGGAGGGGGACUGGAGUCCAGCUCAGACCAAAAGCAUGAAGAACAAACUGCAGCUGUACUUCCAGAGCAAGAAGAAGUCCAGCGGAGGAGACUGUCGAGUGGAGGCGGAGGACGGAGCUCCGAGGGCCGCCGUGUACUUCAGAUCAGAGGACGUGAGAGAGCGAGUCCUCGCCAGGAAGAACCAUGAGAUCAUUCUGGAGAAUCGAACCGUGACGUUACGUCUGAUUUCUGCAGCUAGUCCGACGAGCAGUGACGACACCUCAGGAGAUCCAGCGACAGAUUCAAAGACUCAGGCGUCAGACGCUGAACCCGCAGAUGGAGCUCCUGCAGAGAACAAAGAGGAGUCAGCGUCCACUCAGAGCGUCUCUGUGGUGUUGGACAAUGUGUCUGACAACAUGUCCAGAGAUCUGCUGUGCAUGCUGGUGGAAAAUGUCUCGGGUUUGGACGAGAGCGGCUACAGUCUGGAGAUCAUCUGGGAGACCAACAGAGCCGUGAUCACCUUUAACAAACCUGCAGAUGUGGAGAGGUUCCUGGGUCGGUCCAGCCAGAAGCUGCAGAGACAUGGACUGACCGCUCGGCCGCUGGAGGCAGCAGAGAGCGUCCGAGUAGAGAGUCUUCCUCCAACUGUAGUUAAAGAGAUGUUGGAGUUGUAUUUUGAGAAGAACUGGACCCUGCCAGAAAAUAUCGUCAUGAUCCCGAGCGAACAGGCUGCCAUCGCGACUUUCAGUGACCCCAAAGUUGUGGAAAGUAUUUGCAUAAAACAAGACUAUGUGAUGCGGACCAUUCCUGUCAAGAUGUAUCCGUACCAUGAGUCCCUGGGCUCCGCCCUGUACGGCAAAGAACGACCAACAUGGAAGAUGCCCGAGCCCUUCACAGAGAGCGUUCACCACGUUGUCUGGAAAUUCCUCCUGAUGAAGAAGCUGUUAAAAAGCAUCAACGAUCAGAUGAGUCCGUUCUUCUGCAGCGUGGACUUGGAUAACCCAGAGGUGAAACUCAGCCCUCUCCCGAGCUUUUUGAGGCAGAAAGGUCUGACCGCCAAACAUGUCGAUAAUUGGAUGAGUACCGCCCAAAAGGCCUUCCGUAAGCAAAUGUCCCAGUACACAGCCUUUGAAUGUCCAGCAAACGCACAUGCAUGGAAAGUUGCAGAAAAAGACGUCCGUUCUGUUAUCAGGGAAAACGCCAUCCCCGUUCUGGAUGCAUCCAGGGGGGUUUUGACCUUGGCUGGUGGAGCUGACGAUAUAAAACAAAUCAAACUCCCUGUGGAGAACAUUGUUCUUAAAGCCAUGGAUCAGAUUAAACGGCAGACAGACAGUGUCUCUGAGAUAAUGAAUAUGUCCCCGACAAUGUUCUACAUCCUGCAGCAGGAGGGCUUCCAGAAAGCUGCCCAGGACAUUUCUCCUGACAUGAAACUCUCCUUUGAUGAAGGAACCCAGAAAUUAACCAUUAGAGGACUCCCUGCAGAGGUUUUCCAGACCAAGGCAUGGAUCUUGGAGAAGACUGUGGGUAUGAGUAAAAAGCAGCUGAAUGUCCCCCCACAUCUUCUAGACUUUCUCAAGACAGUGGAUCCCAUGGUGAUGUCGCAGUGCCUGUUCACAUCCCAAGGCAUCAGUGCCAUCUACAGCAUUGAGAGCAAAGGGCUCUUCCUGUUGGGGAGUUCUGAAAGUGUUCUUGCUGCUGCUGAGAGUAAGAUGAAGACCGCUUUAGCUGUGCAGACUCUGGAUGUAGAAGACCAGGAAGUUCUGAAACUUCACAACUGGGUGAACCUGAAACAACAGCUGUUGGACACCUACAACUCUGCGAAUAAGAGAACAGUGGCCAUUCAGAUCCACCCAGAGAGAAGAGACAAAGUAAUGGUGGCCGGCUUCCAGGAUCCAGUGAAAGAGGUCACCCGCAGUCUGAAGGAAUUCAUCGAGAACUACUCACGAGUUCAAGAAACCAUUCGUGUCGAGUCCUGUGCUGUUGUUCAGUUCAUUGGCAAGAAGAAAACAGAAGAUUGGGACAGUAUUGCCAAAGCUAAUGAUGUGGAAAUCCGUUUUGACUCAGAGAGGCCAAAAAUCAUCCUGGCUGGGGCUCGUCUCCAUGUCCAGAAAGCCAAAAUCUGCUUUCAGGAGCUAACUGGUGCUCUGUUCACUGACACCUUCAUCGUGGACAAGCCUGGAGCUAAGAAGUACUUUCAGACUCAAGGAAGCCUGUUCCUGUCUACAAUAAUGACAGAGUUCAGCUGUGUGGUAUUGCUUCGUCCAGAGAUUCAAGAGGAAGAGGAGGGAGAAGACUACGAGGAAGAAAAUGGCCUUAGUUAUUGCAAAGUGAAGACCACGAGUGGAGUUCUGGUUUCCGUCAGCAAGGCAGACAUCUGUAGCUUCAAAGUGGAUGCAGUGGUCAACGCAGCUAACGAGGAGUUAAAGCACAUUGGUGGCCUGGCUUUUGCGUUGCUCAAGGCUGCAGGACCAGAGAUGCAGAAAAUCAGUGACAACCACGUUGCCAGGAAUGGAAAACUACGUCCAGGUGAUGCCAUCGUAACAGGUGCAUACAACCUGCCUUGCAAGCACGUUGUCCAUGCAGUUGGUCCACGGUUCUCUGACUUUGACAGGAAGACAUCAGUGUCGCAUCUGAACCUCGCUGUUAAAAGAAGUCUGACACGAGCAGAGGAAGUGAACUGCUCAACCAUCGCGCUGCCAGCGAUCAGCUCAGGUGUGUUUGGUUUUCCUGUUGAACUCUGUGCUGAGACCAUUGCUCAGGCUGUGCGGGAGUUCUGCGACAGUCCAGGGGGUCCGAGAUCAUUGACAGAGAUUCACCUGGUGGACAACAAUGAUAAGACCGUGAGAGUCCUGGCCACAGCUGUCAACAAAGAGUUCAUGGACCUUGGACCUUCAAUGACACUACCACAGCCGACAGAAGAAAGAGGCACCGGGGCUUCAGGUGGGCAUCAGUGGGGUCGAGGUCAGAGCCAGUUGCCCAGGGGCCGUCGCUUUAGUGAAAGAGGAGGUGGAGGACGAGGACGAGGUCUGCAAGGUAACAGCGGAGGUCACAGCCUCAGGGGACACGCCCGGUCCGGAGGGCACGGAGGGUCGGGGAGGUUGGAGCAGACCACAGCUGAGGGUCUGAAGAUUGUUCUCUUGAAGGGAAACAUCCAGGACCAGACUACUGACGUCAUCGUCAACACCAUCUCAGAGGACAUGAACCUGAACCAGGGAGCUGUGUCCAAAGCGAUCCUGCAGGCGGCCGGGCCCAGCCUGCAGUCAGCUGUCCGGUCUGAAGCCGGCUCGUCCCCGUUGCCGUACGGCGACGUCGUCGUCACAGAUGGGUUUAACCUUAAGUGUCGUAAAGUCUUUCACACUGUUUGCCCAUAUUGGAACAACGGAGCCGGCCAGGCGGAGGAGGAGUUAUUGUCCAUCAUCAGUUACUGUCUAGAGGAGGCUGAGAAAUGUCAGAUGGCGUCGCUGUCCUUCCCGGCCCUUGGCACCGGAAACCUGGGCUUCCCCAAAGACCUGGUGUCCAGAUUCCUGCUGCAGGAGAUCCACUCAUUCAGCCGCAGACUGAAUCCUCGCCAUCUGAGAGAGGUGGCCAUCGUCGUUCACCCGAGUGACAGCCAAACUGUGGAUUGUUUCAGCAGGGCGUUCAGAGGUCAGACUGUUCAGAGAAACAUCCAACAUGAAGCUCAGGGAUUCAACGACUCACCAGUUAGACGUUCACCUCGCCACUCCGCCUCUCCACCACAGCAGUCCUCAGCCUCCUUCAGUCAGGUGUCGUCCCCCUCCCUCGGUGUGUAUCAGAUGAAGAUGGGUCAGCUCACCCUCGAGGUGUCAUCUGGAGACAUCACCAAGGAGGCCUGUGAUGUCAUAAUCAACUCCUCCAAUCAGGACUUUACCCUUAAAUCAGGAGUGUCAAAGGCGAUCUUAGACAGUGCUGGGUUAACAGUUCAGCUGGAGUGCUCACAGAUUGUGAGUUCUCCGAAUUACCAGCCUAGCCAGUUCAUCAUGACGUCGGGCGGCCUGCUGCCCAGCAGACACAUCAUCCACGUUGUCGGCCGGAACGAUCCUGCAAAGAUUAAGGACAUCGUUUACUCUUUGUUGAAGUAUUGUGAAGAGAACAAGUUUAAAUCGGUCUCCUUCCCAGCGCUUGGAACAGGUCAGGGAGGAGCCAACCCGUCAGCGGUGGCGGACGCCAUGGUGGAUGCGGUGGUGGACUUUGUGAGGAAGAAGAACCCGAGGUUUGUUGACAGCGUGAAGAUCCUGAUCUUCCAGACGGUCAUGAUGACGGAGUUUCACAAAAGCAUGAAGAAGAGAGAGGGAGAGGAGGUGGCAGAGAAGAGUGUCUUUACAAAGUUCAAAGACAGCGUCACUUCUUUUUUCAUGGGACUUGGGGAGGAGCGUCCCAGUGCUGACCCUCUGGUUCUGGAGGGAGAGGAGUUUGAGCCCACAGUGUUUCAGCUGUGUGCCGACAACAAAAAGGCUGUGACUCAGGCCAAGAGAAGGAUUGAGGAGCUGAUUGUGGCCGAGCAGGCGGAGAGAACCAUCAAAGACCAGUACAUCAGUAAGCUGUCACAGGCUGACAUUGACCAGCUGAAGGCCCUGCAGAGGAAACUGACGGUGAGCAUCCGUCUGGACCGAGGGCUGGAGGACCAGGAGCCCAACAUCCACCUGGAGGGUCUGACCAGAGACGUCUACACCGCUGAGUCCGAAGUCAGGGACAUCAUUCGGAAGGUGGAGAGGUCGGAGAACUUAAAGAGCAAGGCGUUGCUGCUGAGCGGACUGGUAGAAUGGCAGUUUGAGAGCAGCAGCGGGGUGAUGGUGCCCUGCGACAUUUACACCAACCUCACCCUGGAGGAGGCUCUGGAGAAGAAGGAAGAACGUGUGAAGAUCAAGAUCAACAAUGAGACAUACCACGCUAAAGUAACGCUUAGAAAAGCAGUGUCAGCGAACGGGCGUAAAGAGGUGGAGCUGCUGAGGAAAGAGGUUAAAGAUGACGCUGCUCUGCCGUCACACUGGGAUGACAUGAAAGGCGACCUCCUCAAACUGUUCCCUCUGACUGCGGGAUCUAAGGAAUAUAACGAUGUGGAGACAGAGCUGAAAAAGACCGGUCUCUCUGCAAACAUCAUCAGCAUUGAACGGGUCCAAAAUACGACACUGUGGCAGAGCUACCAGCUGAUGAAGAAACAAUUGGAGGUGAAGAACAAACAUACCAACAAUGAAAGGAAGCUGUUCCACGGCACCGGAGCCAACUCCAUCGAUCUCAUCAACAAACAAGGCUUCAACCGCAGCUACGCAGGAGCACAUGGUGCAAUGAUAGGCAAUGGCUCUUACUUUGCUGUGAACCCAGUCUACUCUGCACAAGGGUACGCCAAACCUGAAGCCAGAGGCCACAAGCGCAUGUACCUGGCCAGGGUCCUGGUUGGAGACUUCACCAAUGGACGAAGCGGCUUGAUCACUCCACCCUCCAAAAACUCUGGGAAUGCUGCAGACCUGUAUGAUAGUGUUGCAGAUAACAGUUCCAAUCCAACCAUGUUUGUGGUCUUCAAUGACAUCCAGGCAUACCCAGAGUACCUGAUCACAUUUACAUGAUUGAUGCUACGAUCACAUUGUGUAACUGUUCCUGUUAACCUCGUUCUGUUCUUGUUAAAAUUCAGUCUGCAAAAACAAUUUCAAUUAAUUAUAUGAUAUUAACAAACACUGCAUAUUUCUUAGAGGCGUGUUUCCAUUUUCUUGAUUUGAACAGUCGCCGCAUGAUUAAAUAAAAAGAAAGCACUGUUUUUGAGUAUAAGAUUAAAGUUAGCUAGAAAAUGAAAAAAAAAAAAAGAUUAAAGUAUGAUUAUCAAUAUUUUAAAGGUGUCAUUUUCCUUCAUCUGACAUUCAUCACUUUGUAUCCUUUGUUAUGGGAUGUAAUCUAAAAACUGUUUAUUAAAGAAACAUUGCAACAGUUUCAGAAA